AUGACUGAUUUACUUAGUGACAAAGGCACAUAUAAAAAAGUUAAGUACAACCCUACUGCAAGAGUGGCACGAAAAACGUGUGAACUGAUUAGAAAAUAUCAACAGUGUCUCCCAGAUAAUGUUGUGAAAUAUCUUCUAAGACCGAGAUCUCCGCAACCACCAAAAAUAUAUGGUCUACCUAAAAUCCACAAGGUGAGUAGUCCUCUACGCCCUAUCGUUAGUCAAAUUGACUCACCAACAUAUGAUCUAGCCAAACAUAUGGCACUAGUGUUGCAACCAUUAGUCGGAAAAACUUUUUCAUACGUCAAGGACUCCCGACAAUUUGUCCAAACCCUGGAGCACAUAAAAUUAAAUGAAAAGGAAAUUUUGGUGAGUUUCGACGUAGAAUCUCUAUUCACUAACGUGCCGAUAUCGGAAUGCGUCGAACUAGUAAAGUCAAAAUUACAGGAAAAUAACAUCCCGGAUGAAUAUGCAAUAUUGCUUGAGCAUUGUUUGACCUCUGGUUACUUGGUAUAUCGGAAUGAGUAUUAUCUCCAGGUCGAAGGAGUAGCCAUGGGUAGCCCCGUGGCUCCUGUUGUCGCUAACUUAUGGAUGGAGAAAAUUGAUAAUUUGGCAAUUUCAACAACUGCAUUUCCUGUAAAGUUGUGGAAGAGAUAUGUGGAUGACAUAUUUUGUAUUUUGGAGGGAACGGAAACCGAAGUUAUGCAAUAUCUAUCCUAUCUAAACAGCAUCCAUACAAAAUCAAAAUUUACAGUUGAAAUAGAGAAAGAGAGAUCCUUGGCUUUUCUUGACAUCAAAGUUACAGUUCAAAAAGAUGGGACAUUGGGACACACUGUUUAUAGAAAACCAACUCAUACGGACCGAUACCUGCACGCUACAUCACAUCAUCAUCCCAGGCACUUUGACUCCGUAGUAUCAUCACUGGUUAAUCGGGCUUAUGACCUGUGUGACAAGAUACAAAUUAAAGAAGAACUCUUACACGUAGAAGGUGUACUACGGAAUAACGGCUAUAAUAUAGACAUUUCUAGAUGGCGCCAUAAACACAACAAAAGCAGACGCCCCAAAUCAUGUAGUGUGAAACGUCAAAAAACUUUCUUGCCUUAUAUUAAAGGAGUGACUGAUAAGAUAAGCAGACUAUUGAGUAAAUACUCUGUAGAUACUGUUUUUACUCCGCACAGAAAAAUAAAGCAAAUGUUACGUUCACCUAAGGACAACUUUCCUCUACAACAUCCUGGAGUCUAUAAGGUGGACUGUAGUUGUGGGAGCUCAUACAUCGGACAGACAAAAAGAACAAUAGCCCGUCGCAUUGCUGAACAUAUAAAAGCUAUUAAAAACAACGAUCCACCAUUCUAA